AUGAAUGUAUGUCGUUUCGGGCGGUUAUCUCUCGAGAGGGAGGAAGAUUGCAAGGAAGAUUUAAGUGAGGUUUUGAAAUCGUUAAAGAUACAUUCGCCGAAAUGGCCCGAAGAUGCUGCUUGCUUAAUCAGAGGCAGUCAAAAACUCCAAGAUGAUUCGCAGUUGCGAGUUCCGGUUGCAAGAGAUCCAUAUUUGAACUGUGAAAUUACUUCCGAAGAAUUUAACACGGAUAAUUUGUCUUGGCAAAAUGGAUGUGGUAUUGCAGGCGUCCUUAAUCAAAGUUAUCAAGGCCGUGUAGUCAGCGUUUCCAAUCUUACAAGUUUAGCAAUCCAAAAACCAAAGCAAGAAAUAAUGGUGGAUUUGGAACAUAAUGCUGAAAUAUUUUACGAACCAGGCGAUGCCUUCUGUUUUACUGUACCGAAUGCUCAAGAAGAAGUGGAUUUUAUUUUAGAAAGGUUGGGUUUUUUGGAAGCAGCAGAUCAGAAAUUAGUCAUAUCUGUCAAAUCUCAAAGUGCAGAAAAAAAUGUAGCUUUGCCGCCGUAUAUACCAGAAAUUUCUACGCUACGAUACAUUUUCACAUGGUGUCUUGAUAUCAGACGAUCUCCAGGCCGACCUCUUCUUCGUGUACUUGCGGAAUGUACAGAAAGCGAGUAUGAAAAAAGGCGCAUUCUGGAAUUAUGUAGCGCUCAAGGUGCUGAAGAGUUUAUAAAAUUUGUUCGUCAGGCUGAUAUUUCGUUGGUUGAUUUUCUACUAAAUUUUCCUUCAUGUCGACCUGCAGUUGAACGUUUGAUUGAAUUACUUCCACGUUUGCUUCCGCGAGCAUACAGUGUCAGCAGUAUCAGGGAACUUUGGGGAAAACGUAUACGUUUCAUUUUUUCGUUAUUACACUUUGAUGCUACGGAUGGCCGCCGUUUCAGUCGUUUUGGUUUAUCAUCGGGAUGGCUUACAAUGUUGAAAGAAGGACAAAAAGUUAUGAUGUUCCUGAAAGAAUCAUCUCGUUUCCGUUUACCGCCGCCGGUGCACUCUUCUUUUGAUCUUGCACGUACACCCUUUAUCAUGAUUUGCACAGGAACUGCAUUAGCACCUUUUCUGUCAUUCCUAGAGAAGUUAGAUUUCUUGGGAGCCGAAAAAUAUAGAGUACGACGAGAACUGUAUUUUGGAAUUCGAAAUGUUAAAGAUGAUUGCAUUCAUUAUGAGGAUAUUAUGCGGUCUGUAGGCAAGAAUAUUCUUUCACACGUAUCUCUGUGUGAGUCGCAACCAGAUAGUAACAUUGCUAAUAAAAAGUACGUGCAAAAUGCUCUGCAGGAACGCAGUCGAGAGAUUUCGGAUAUAUUAUUGCGGAAGAUUGAAGACGAAAGUCAUCCUGCAAUCAUUUUUGUAUGCGGCUCUUCGAAGCAGAUAUUGAAAGCCGUGGCAGCUGUGUUUCUACAUAUUUUCAGAGAGUUUCUAAGCAAAAGUAAAGAGGAUGCAGAAUCAUUCCUCAGAGAGCUGCGGAAAAACGAUCAGUAUGUUGAAGAUAUCUGGUAA